AUGGGCUUUCGCACCAGCUUAAUUAAUUCUUCUAAGGAUGUUAGACUUCUAUGGGCAUCUGUUUUCCUUAGGUUGUUGUCGUAUGGAUUAACUAACCAAGUUUUAACACUGUUCCUCAACGAAAUCCAUUUGGAUGAAAUCAAGAUAGGUCUAUUUCUCUCACUUACACUAGUUGGUGAUGUCUUGUGCUCCUACAUUCUCACGUGGUAUGCAGACACCUGGGGAAGAAGAAGAGUACUAAUAUUUGGUGCAACGAUGAUGAUGGUCAGUGGUUUAGUUUUCAGUUAUAGCGAAAGUUUCAGUAUACUAUUAUUACUUGCGAUUGUUGGCGUCAUUUCACCGUCUAGUGAUGAGGUCGGUCCGUUUAAAUCCAUUGAGGAAGCUAUGCUAGCUCAUUUGACUCCUCAUGAUAGCAGACCAGAAAUUUAUGCAUUACACGCUUUUUUUGGGACCGUUGGGGCUUCACUUGGUGCCGUUAUAUGUGGUUAUUUCAUUUAUUUUGUACAAUUGACGAAAUAUGGACAAACUGACCUUGCGUGUUAUAAAUUAGUCUUUUUGCUAUAUGCUUUUAUCGCUUUUUUGAAGGUAAUUGUAAUGUUAUCGCUAUCAGAUCACACAGAAUUAGAUGGACAUCACCAUGAAGAAGUAACAUCAUCAGAGGCUUUUGUCGUGGAUGAAACAGAUCCUUUACUCCUUGAAACUGAAACAGUUUCUUCGAAAGAUGCUUCAAGAACAUUUUCCAAAGAAACCUCGGCGAUUAUGAAGAAAUUGUUGAUAAUAUUCAUGAUUGAUUCACUUGGAUCCGGCUUCAUGACAAGCGGCUGGAUGGUGUUCUAUUACGCGAAACAAUUUCUGAUGAGCGCAGAAUCCUUGGGAUUAGUGUUUUUUGUAUCCAAAAUUGUGAUGGCGGCUUCAACUUUUCCAUCAUCAAUUAUUGCAAGAGCAUUUGGUCCAGUAAAGGCCACUCUUUUAGUUCAAAUCCCUUCUGGUCUAUUUUCUAUACUAAUUCCAUUUGCGGAAGGUUCUCUACCACUAUCACUGGUACUGCUGAAUUUGCAUUUUGCAACAACCGCCAUGGAUGUUACUCCUCGUCAGAUUCUUCUAACCAAUAUCAUCAAACCGAAAGAUCUCACAAGAGUUAUGGGAAUUGUGAAUAUAGGUAAAACUAUGGCUCGUUGUAUCGGCCCUGUAUUUACCGGCUUGCUAGCAAGCUCACAUUAUUUGUGGCUGUGUUACAUCAUGAGUGGUAUAAUGGUGAUACUCGCGGACUUUUUACUGGGUCUUUCAUUUCUUGAUAUGGACAUAAAGAUUAUGCAGCGUAUGAGUAAAUAG